CACCACUCCGAUGUCACCAUUUGACGAUAGUGGGGCUCUUUUAGGCAGUCUCUUCUGCUAGAAUGCUUGGGCCUGUCCCGGGGAUGGCAGGGUCUCCCCUUCCUGCUUCCAAGGCGAGGCGGCGGCGAAAAGCAUCCUCAGCAUUCCACCCUGGUCCAGGCGCGGCGAGGUUAAGGAACGCGACCCCGAGGCCCCGCCCCGGACGCGCCCACAGGCGUCAGGGAAGCUGCUACCCCGGGGCACAGGCGCGAGCGCCUUCGAGGGAGGGGCCUCGAGCGCCCAGCCCUCCCCCAGGACGCACUUGGUACCGCCCGGGGGUUCCCCGCCGCCGCCGCCCUGACGUCCAGGAGUCCCCGAGAAAACCCGCCCCGGUGCUGGGGCCCGGGACUGGGCGGCCAUGGCGGGACCCGGCUCCCCUGGCGGCCCCUGCGCGCCCGCUGCCGUCUGGAAGCGCCACAUCGUGCGGCAGCUGCGGCAUCGGGACCGCAAGCAAAAGGCGCUCUUCCUGGAGCUAGUGCCGGCUUAUAACCACCUCCUAGAGAAGGCUGACCUGCUAGCCAACUUCUCAGAAAAGCUGAAGUCAGAGGAAGUCGUCUCCACUCCGAAUCUGGACUCCUGGGGGGAGUUCUCUGGGCCUGGCUCUGACCAAGUCUCAUCAGCAGCCUCUCUGAGGGCGAAGUGGCAGGAGGAGAAAAAGGGACUGCAGCUGGUCUGUGGUGAGAUGGCCUACCAGGUGGUGAAAAAGAGUGCAGCCCUAGAAACCCUGCAGUCACAGCUGGAAGAGCGGCAGGGCAGGCUAGAAGCCCUGCAGGCCUGCGUUGUACAGGUACGGGAGACGCGGGCACAGCAGGUCCGGCAGCUGGAGGAACGGCAGGCAGAGAACGCGGCGCAGAGAGAAGCCUACGAGAUGCUACUCAAGCAAGCAGCGCACCAGGAGGCCGCUUUGCGCAGGCUCCAGGAAGAGGCACGGGACCUGUUGGAGCGGCUCGUACAGCGGAAAGCACGCGCGGCCGCUGAGUGCAAUCUGCGUAACGAGCGCCGAGAGAGGGCCAACCAAGCUCGGGUGUCCCAGGAGCUGAAGAGAGCAGCUAAGCGGACUGUGAGCGUCAGCGAGAUCCCAGACACUCUGGAAGGUGGGACCAGGGAGGAGACUGUGCCUCUAGCUCCUGCUGUGCCUGAGCUCCUGGAGAGAGAGACUUGUGAGAAAUGGAAGAGGCCUUUCAGGUCUGCCUCGGCCACCUCUCUGACACUGUCCCGCUGUGUAGAUGUGGUGAAGGGGCUGCUGGAUUUCAAGAAGAGGAGAGGGCACUCAGUUGGGGGUGCACCUGAGCAGCGGUACCAAAGCAUCCCUGUGUGUGUGUCUGCCCGGAUUCCUACCCAGGCUCAGGAUGUCUUGGAUGCCCAUCUCUCUGAGGUCAAUGCUGUUUGCUUUGGCCCUAACAGCAGCCUCCUGGCCACUGGAGGGGCUGACCAGCUCAUCCACCUCUGGAAUGUCGUGGGAGGUCGCCUGGAGGCCAACCAGACCCUCAGAGGAGCUGGUGGCAGCAUCACCAGUGUGGAUUUUGACCCCUCGGGCUCCCAGGUUUUGGCAGCUACUUACAACCAGGCUGCCCAGCUCUGGAAGGUGGGAGAGACCCAGUCCAAGGAAACACUGUCUGGACACAAGGAUAAAGUGACAGCUGCCAAAUUCAAGCUAACAAGGCACCAGGCAGUGACUGGGAGCCGCGACCGGACAGUGAAGGAAUGGGACCUAGGGCGUGCAUACUGUUCCAGAACCAUCAAUGUACUUUCCUACUGUAAUGACGUGGUGUGCGGGGACCACAUCAUCAUCAGUGGCCACAAUGACCAGAAGAUCCGGUUCUGGGACAGCAGGGGCCCCCACUGCAUCCAGGUCAUCCCUGUACAGGGCCGGGUCACCUCCCUAAACCUCAGCCAUGACCAGCUGCAGCUGCUUAGCUGUUCCCGAGACAAUACACUCAAGGUCAUUGACCUGCGACUCAGCAACAUCCGACAGGUGUUCAGGGCGGAUGGCUUCAAAUGCAGUUCUGACUGGACCAAAGCUGUAUUCAGCCCUGACAGAAGCUAUGCACUGGCAGGCUCCUCAAAUGGAGCCUUGUACAUCUGGGAUGUGGACACCGGGAAACUGGAGAGCAGCUUAGAGGGACCCCACUGCGCUGCUGUCAAUGCUGUGGCAUGGUGCUUCUCUGGGAACCAUGUUGUGAGUGUGGAUCAAGGCAGGAAGGUGGUGCUCUGGCAAUAGGGCACAGUUUCCCUGAAGCCAGAAGCCAGAGGACAGCCUUCCUCUGACAAGGACUCCAGAGUCAGGGUUGGGUCAAAUGUAGAUGUUAUGUGAGGGCCUGGCAGGACCUGGCCUUUUAAAAAUCAAGUGUCAAUUAGGGAUUACAAUUUUUAAAAUUCUCUAUUUGUUUAUUUUUCUCAAAAUGGAUAAAAAACUACCUGUGUCUUGCCUCUGAAGCUCUUGGGGGGUCCGGGGAGAUUGGCUGUACUAGUCUAAUCGUGGAACAGCAUGAAGGCCGUAGCUCUUGGGGCUGGUGGAUGGUGAUCCUGGUGGGAGGCCUGCCUGGCUGGAACCAGGUCCUGGCCUGCAGUUCCAUCUGGACGAUAGGCUGCCUGCCUCCUGCCACCAUCUCCCUGUGUGUUAGCUCUGUCCCUCACGGCGCCAGUCUCUGGGGCUCCUUCCUAAAGGUGCCUUUACUCUAGUCUUCUCCUCACCAGAAGCCUAGUGUUUGUCGUCACUGUUUUGGACAUAGUUGUGGUAUGAAGCCCUGGCUAGUAUGCAUUUGAUGGCUUAGGGUAGCUCAGAACUUGAGGCCUCAGCCUCAGUGUGGGGAUGGCAGGCACUGACUGUCUCAGCCCUCAGCAUCUGUGUGGGGAUGGCAGGUACUGACUGUCUCAGCCCUCAGCAUCUGUGGGGUCAGCCCUCAGCAUCUGUGUGGGGAUGGCAGGCACUGACUGUCUCAGCCCUCAGCACCUGUGGGGCCAUGGUUCCCCUUCUGCCUUCAGAAAUCCAGCACUUUAUUGUCCUACAAGGCUUCUUCCUCUGCCUUCAAUGUCCUUGUCUGUCCCAAUGGCAAUUCAGGUUGUCUUUUGGGAUCCCUUGAUGGACAGCCUACCUAAGAGGUCUU